UUGCGGCGUGCAUGUGGGACCCAGCUCCUCGACCAGGGAUUUAACCUGGGCUCCCCGCAUUGGGAGUGUGGAGUCUUACCCCUUGGACCAUCAGGGAAGUCCCUGAAUUUUAAAUUUUAUUAAUUUAAAUUAAUUUAAACUUGAAUAGCAGCUUGUGGCUAGUGGCUACCAUAUUGAAGCAGUGCAAUUUUACCCUGUAUUACUGUGUAAGGGGAAUAAUUAUGUCCAACUGGCCAGGGGUUACAUGCCCUGCUUGUCCCUGUGGGUGGGUUUAUGUGAGUUGACAAUGGUGUGCAAAUGAACUGGGCCACAUGGGGCUUUAUAUAUAGGUGUGUGUGUGUUAGAUUGUGAGUCUUUAUAACUUUUUCCACUCGGCUCAAAAUAUGCUAGGUAUUUUGAUAAGUAUAUAUAGAGGUACACAUUUUUCCUUGCGUCUCAGGCUGCAGUAAGGCUCUGCAAAGCACUGCUUACUCUUUCCAGAGCCCUCACUUAAGCCUCAAAACGCCCCCAGGUGGUGGAUCCUUUUACUACCUCUACUGCUCCCCACUUUCUAGAAGGGAAAAUCGAGGCUUGCAGAAGCUUGACAAAUAGCGCAGACAAUAAUACUGUAAUGUGGUUGUUAUGUAAUACUUCAAGAUGGCGUCUGAGAACAUUUGAAGACAUUGUUGGUUCUGGUGUAACACUGUAUCCCAGAGACAGUUGUUUUUUUUAAUUUUGUUUUGUUUUUUACCAUGUAGUGUGCUUCCAUGUCUACGAAAACUUCCCUUCCCUCUCUGUGUCCCAGUCACUGGGUUCCGCUCCCCAGAGAUAACCACCCUUUGCAGCUUCCUGUGCAUCAGUUCUGAAAUAGUCUAUGAAGAUACAGGCAAUCAUACUUCCCACGUGCCAGCAGUACCACAUUUAAGGGAUUAUAAUGAAGCAGAGCUUCCAGCAUGUUAUACAAUGGUGAACUCUUUAAAAUGACUGGGAAGGGCCUGCCCUGGAGGUCCAGUGGUUAAGACUCCGCGCUUCCACUGCAGGGGGCCUCGGUUUGAUCCCUGGUCGGCCGGGGGAUUAAGAUCCCUCAUGCUGUGGGACUCGGCCAAAAAAAAAGGAAAAAAAAAAGCCUGGGAAAUGGAAGAUUUGAGUGAAUGAAAUUAUACUUUAUAAGCAGGGUGUCUCUGCUUCGGCACUAGUGAUAUUCUGGGCUGGAACCUUCUCUGUUGCAAGGCUGUCCUGGGCACUGUAGGUUGGUGAGCAGCACCCUGGGCCUCCACCCACCAGAUGCCAGGGGCCCCCCGCCCCGAGGUGUGGCAGCCAAAACUGUCCCCAGACAGUGUCCCAUGUACCAGCAGCAGAUAAGAGGAAAAAAAUGUAAAAGAUUCAAAGGGAUUAACAAGUAGAAGUCUGUGAAGAAAACAGAAGGCGCCAGUAUGGAGAAAUUAAAGCUCAAAGGUUAUUACAUAAGUGUUUGAAGAAUCUUUUCAGGAAGGAUCUUAACGGCUAUCUUUCAGUCUUCGCACAUAGCAGAAUAAGAAGUGAAUUUAAAUGGAAGAGAAAUUAAGGCUGGACCUACGGACGAUGAAACGGUAACAUCAGUUCUGAGCUGCCAUCUUCCUUCCUAAAGAUUUUUAUGAGCAGAAUAACCUAGGAUGAUUAGGAAUUGUUCUCUCCGGGCUUUGCGGUUAAGAUUUGAGAAUCUUCAAGGAAUGAAAUCUGCGUUAAAAAGUAGCAAAAUGUACAUAAUCCAUGAUCAUGUCUCCUACAGUGCUUUAAAAAAAAAAAAGCAAUAGCUGUUUCUUGUUACAGAAGCAAUGCAUGUUAAUCGUAGAAAAAUUAGAAAAUGCAGCUAAGCUAAAAAGAAGAAAAUGAGAAAUACCCUUAAUCUCACUAUUGAGUGAAAUACUAAGGUCGAUACUUUAGUAAAUUUGCUUCCCAGUUGUUUUCUCUGUUCAAAGGUAUAUGCUUGCGAAGAUAUAAAUAUAUUAAACUGUAGGAGAAACUCUUCCCUUCUUCCCUUCUAGGUUUUUUGACUGGUCUAAUAAUUAAAUUGACAUAAAAUGGACGAACAGGAGAGAAACAAAUUUAAUUUCCUACGGUAGGGGAGCCCAUAGAAUUCUGAGACUCCAAGAAGUCACCAAAGCAGGCAGCUUUUAUACCUUCUAGACAAGGAAACCAUAAGUUUGUGAAAAAUUGGAGAAACAAAGGGGUUUGGGCUUGGGCUAGCAAAUUAGUGCAAGUAACAAGGUUUGUUUAUACCGCCUUCCAGGUGGUGAAUUCCCUUUCUCCCUAAUAAGGAUGCCUUUUAUCCACCUGGUGGGGGGCAGGGUACCUUCACAUGCCUUUGGGGGGACCAAGGAAGGUCAGAGUGUCUUUUAUUUGCACAGGCUGUUUCUUAAGUACCUUUAAUUCAGAAUAAUCAGUAUGCCAAGUGGCCUAUUUUGGGGGUGGCAUCUUCUGCUUCCCUUCAACACCUACAUACAUUCGUCGGAUCAUUCAGCACAUAAUGCUUUGCAGCUUGCUUUUUCUCAUAUAAGACACCGUGAAUGUCCUUCCAUGUCGAAAAGUAUCUGUUACCAUAUCUGUUUUAAUUCUUGUGUUGUACCGAUGUCUUAUAAACUUAACCAAUCCUCUGUUUCUGGCCACUUAACUUGCUGCUGGUGCUUUGAGGUCAUAAAUAAUACUGCAGCAAUUCUUCCUUUCACGAUUCUUUCCGUUCCUUUCCUUUUUUCCUAAUGAGGCUAGUUCCUGGAGCAAAUGACAGCAAUAGCUGUCGGGGCCACUAUGUUUCAACCCGUGCAUAUUUGCAAGGUUUUUGGUAGGAAUUGCUAAACAGCCCACCAGGAAGACUGUUCAAUUUACAUUCUUAUGGGGGGGUAAUCUUUUCUUUUUUUUUAAGUCCUUGCCAAAAGGACAGUUUCAUGGGCGGAGGUGGAGGAUGUCGGAAGUGAUCUCAUUCUGUUGAAAACUGUGCGCCCCAGUUUUAUAGGCUUUUCCUUAAUUGCCUGUUUGCUAUAAUGUUCUUCACACUUGAACAAUCACCUGGAGAAGAAAAGGUGAAACCUACUGGCAAAAAAAUCGCCCCACGACGAGGAAGGUGCCUCUGCUUGAGUCAUUUCCGCCGAGCCGGAACACAGAGCAAGUCACUUCGGACCUCGGAGGGCAUUUUAUAGACCGCCCCGCGUCCCAGCUCCCGUCGAUUCUUGGAACUCCCACCACCGUAGUCCCGGCAGCCCAACCCCAGCGGGCAGCGCGUCCCGUGUCGGGGACGCGGGGGUUCUCUGUGCACCCGGAGGAACCGACUGUAUGAGGUUUGGAAGGGCCGGCCUCCAGAGCCGAGGUGACCCAGCCUGCCGGGCAGGGCUGAGUGGCUGGACGGAGCACGUGACGCUCGCAGCCUGGCUCUUGGCUCGGGGUAGUGGGGGCCCGCCCCGCGCGCCGAAGGCUGAAAUCGGCUUUUGCCUCCGGCAGGAAAAUGAGCUUGUCAGUUUCUUUCUCUAGCGGACCCUCAACCCACUGGAGCAGGGGAUUUCGGUAGCAUUUAAAUUUUAUGUCUCAGGAAUCUGAAAGCAAAAGGUGUAAGUAGCAUGGUCAAUGCAGGAGCGAUGAGUGGCUCUGGAAACCUGAUGGAUUUCCUUGACGAGCCGUUCCCUGAUGUGGGGACGUAUGAGGACUUCCACACCAUCGACUGGCUGAGGGAGAAGUCACGGGACACCGACAGACACAGAAAGAUAACCAGCAAAAGCAAGGAGUCCAUAUGGGAGUUCAUCAAGAGCUUGCUGGACGCCUGGUCGGGAUGGGCGGUGAUGCUGCUCAUCGGCCUGCUGGCAGGCACCCUGGCCGGGGUCAUCGAUCUCGCCGUCGACUGGAUGACAGACCUGAAGGAGGGCAUCUGCCUGUCCGCCUUCUGGUACAGCCACGAGCAGUGCUGCUGGACUUCCAAUGAGACCACGUUUGAGGACAGGGACAAGUGUCCCCUGUGGCAGAAGUGGUCGGAGCUGCUGGUGAAACAGUCGGAGGGUGCCAGCGCUUACAUUUUGAAUUACCUAAUGUACAUCCUGUGGGCGUUGCUGUUUGCGUUUUUGGCCGUCUCCCUGGUACGAGUAUUUGCACCAUACGCCUGUGGCUCUGGUAUACCCGAGAUAAAGACCAUCUUGAGUGGCUUCAUCAUCAGGGGCUACUUGGGCAAGUGGACCCUGCUGAUCAAGACUGUCACCCUGGUGCUGGUGGUGUCCUCGGGCCUGAGCCUUGGCAAGGAAGGGCCGCUGGUGCACGUGGCAUGCUGCUGUGGCAACUUCUUCAGCAGCCUCUUCUCCAAGUACAGCAAGAACGAGGGCAAGAGGCGCGAGGUGCUGUCAGCUGCGGCCGCUGCUGGGGUCUCUGUCGCCUUUGGUGCUCCGAUCGGGGGUGUGCUUUUCAGUCUGGAAGAGGUCAGCUACUACUUUCCCUUAAAGACCUUGUGGCGGUCCUUUUUUGCGGCCCUGGUGGCAGCCUUCACGCUGCGAUCCAUCAAUCCCUUUGGGAACAGCCGCCUCGUCCUCUUCUACGUGGAGUAUCACACGCCCUGGUACAUGGCCGAGCUCUUCCCCUUCAUCCUGCUUGGGGUCUUCGGGGGCUUGUGGGGAACCCUCUUCAUCCGCUGCAACAUCGCCUGGUGCAGGAGGCGCAAAACCACCAAGCUGGGGAAGUACCCGGUGCUGGAGGUCAUUGCGGUGACCGCCAUCACCGCCAUCGUCGCCUACCCCAACCCCUACACGCGCCGCAGCACGAGCGAGCUCAUAUCCGAGCUCUUCAAUGACUGCGGGGCCCUCGAGUCCUCCCAGCUCUGUGACUACAUCAAUGACCCCAACAUGACGCGACCCGUGGACGACAUCCCCGACCGCCCGGCCGGGGUCGGGGUUUACACGGCCAUGUGGCAGCUGGCCCUGGCGCUGAUCUUCAAAAUCGUCAUUACCAUAUUUACCUUUGGCAUGAAGAUCCCGUCCGGUCUCUUCAUCCCCAGCAUGGCUGUGGGGGCCAUGGCAGGCAGGAUGGUGGGAAUUGGCGUGGAGCAACUGGCUUACCAUCACCACGACUGGAUCAUCUUUAGGAAUUGGUGCAGGCCCGGAGCAGACUGCGUCACCCCAGGGCUCUAUGCCAUGGUGGGAGCUGCCGCCUGCCUAGGUGGAGUUACCAGGAUGACGGUGUCAUUGGUGGUUAUCAUGUUUGAAUUGACGGGUGGUCUCGAGUACAUCGUGCCCCUGAUGGCAGCAGCCGUGACCAGCAAGUGGGUGGCUGAUGCCUUUGGGAAGGAAGGCAUCUACGAGGCCCACAUCCACUUAAAUGGGUACCCGUUCCUGGACGUGAAGGACGAGUUCACCCACCGCACGCUGGCCACUGACGUCAUGCGGCCAAGGCGGGGGGAGCCGCCGCUGUCCGUGCUCACCCAGGGCAGCAUGACCGUCGAGGACGUGGAGACGCUCAUCAAGGAGACCGACUACAACGGCUUCCCCGUGGUCGUCUCCAGGGACUCGGAGCGCCUCAUCGGGUUCGCCCAGAGGAGGGAGCUGAUUCCUGCCAUAAAGAACGCCAGACAGAGGCAGGAGGGCAUCGUGAGCGACUCGGUCAUGUACUUCACCGAGGAGCCCCCUGAGCUGCCAGCCAACAGCCCGCAGCCCCUGAAGCUGCGGCGCGUCCUGAACCUCAGCCCUUUCACCGUCACGGACCACACCCCCAUGGAGACGGUGGUGGACAUCUUCCGGAAGCUGGGGCUCCGCCAGUGCCUGGUGACGCGGAGCGGGAGACUUCUUGGCAUCAUCACGAAAAAGGAUGUUCUGAGACAUAUGGCCCAGAUGGCAAACCAGGACCCUGAAUCCAUCAUGUUUAAUUAGAAACAAGAUGGCAGUUUCUUUGAGAAAAAUACAACUGUGUCAUUUGAAAAGAAAUAAACAAAUGAUAUGUCAUCCUAAUGAACGGUCAUGCACUGGGGGCAGCGGAAACAAAAGCUUUGUUUAAAAGGAAGGGAAGAAGAAUGAAACUUAGAAAAAAUACAUUGGCGAGUAGGCAUUUUAUAGCUUUAACCCCUUAUGAGUUUCAAGCUGUGUUAUGAGUUUAGUAACUACUGUGGGGGCCCGUGGGUGGGUGUAAAUGAUACGGUUUGUACAAGGACAUGGAACACAAUUGCUGAGUCAAGAAACAUUUGCCCCUCCUGUUGAAGGCUGGUGUUGGUGAAGCUUUGAGUCUGAAAGGCCAAGGGGUAUUGGCGUGUCAGCGUCCUUAUUUAUUGGUUCCUGAGGUUUGGCUGUUAUGUUACUGAAUCAGAUUAAAGAUAUUUGCACUUACUUUGUUGGAAAAGAAAAAUUAAAUGUGAACGUAGUGAAAGCUGCAAGUAUGCUAGUGGGUUCACUCGUGACCAGCCGUUGCUGGCUCCUGUAUUCAGCCUGUUAUUUUGCUUAUCCAUUGCUUUCUGAACCAACAUUGGGUCACCUGCCAUGUUGAGUAUGAAGAAAUCAUUUCUCUAUGCAAGACCAGCAUCUUGGGACUGCGCGAUGAACUGUCGAGCAUUUAGUGCUGCACUGUUUCCUGCCACGAAAAGGGAUUCGUGCUUAUUUUGAGGGUAUACAUACCCCUCAUUGAUUUGCAUCCCCAUCGCAUUUGCUUCAUUUAUUUGUUGCUGUUGCCUGUGCAUUCUUAAAUAUUGAUCAGUCUAGCGCUUUCCAAGGGCCAUGUCCUAUAUUCUGCCAGCUUGCCGUAGUGGCUGAAUUUCCAAAUAGCAUAUACAAGAGUCAAAACAGGCUACCCAGUGUUACUACUUUUUUUUCCUCUCAGAUCCUAUUAAAUGUGGCUGCCGAGAGGGUGAGGCAGACGAGUUCUCUGUGGGAACUCCUCCAAAUGGGUUGCAAGAGAAAUGCUAAGUUGAUUCUAAAUCUGUUCCAUUCUCUUCUCUGUAGAGUGCAAAACAUUCAGCUUUAAAGUGUAAGCAUGUACUUUCAUAUUAACAAUCAAAGCGCAGAAGGACAGAGUAAAAUUCGAGACAGCCAAUUUGAGCACUGGGUGUCUUUGAACUGAACGUUAUAAUACAUUUAUUCUUUUAGUCAGGACUUCUGUCUUGUCCGUGGGAAGGAAGUUGUGUUUCUUAGGUCCACUGGGUGAUCUCUGUAAGACUGAUCCCCCUUGCCCGUUCACUUUCGUCUUUGUUCUUCCCUUUUCACCGAGUCAACCUCAUCCUUUUCAUUCUCAUCAUUGGAUAUUGAUGUGUCAGGUGUGCAUUUGGCUGCAAGUAAUAGAAAACGGAACACACAACGAAGAGCUGCAUAAGAAACCUGGAGGUGGGCACUCAGGACUGUCUGUCUCCGUAGUAUCGUCGACGACUCACAGUCUUUGGUAGUUUUUUCCUACCAUCCUUACCCUUUCUCCUUUGGGUCACUGCCUUGUAGUCACAAGAUGCUCACUGAACCGCCAGGUCCGGUAUCUGCUUUCUAAGCAGAAAGAGGGAGGAAGAGGCAAAUGACAAGGCGCAGUGUCCGCGUCGGGAAGGCAAAGCUUUCCCCGAGAUGCUCGGCUUUCCUCCACUGGCUAGCCUUCUGUCGCAUGGCGCCCCCAGCUGUGUGUGAGUCUGGGAAGGAAAAUAUUUAGCUACGUAGGCAUAUUACGCUGAAUGAGAUUGAGACUCUCUGAGUAAGGAAGGGGGAUUGCUCCUUGGGAGGGGGUGUUGUCUGCUCUGUUGGACGCUGUCAUCGUGUCCCUGUCAUUGUCCUUCUCUUUCUCACUGACCCCCUCCAAACACUCUCCUGUGACCUUAUAGUCCCCCACCCCUCCUCUUGGCUUUGACGUAGAACUCCCAGUCAGAUGCCAUCGUUUCUUAGCCCUAAUAAAAAUGUUCAUUCUGGAUAAAAACCUAUCUAUAAGAGGGCUUCCGUGAAACUUCUAGUGGAUACAAGAAAAUAUACGGAUAUGUUUAACCUGACUGAAAACUUAAAGGAGUUUUAAGUCAGAUCACGCUGACAAAUUAUGGAAAAUAUGUUUCUGUAAUUAACUGGCCUCCUCCCAAAUAAUAUCAGAUAGGCACUUCGGUGUGGAAAGGUCAGUCUAUACUAGAGAAUGUAAUCUUUGGUCCUAUAAGAGAAUGAAAUUUGUUGUCUCACUCACAGCACCUAAGUACUGAGUAACGGAUCCUAACAUUUUGUUGCUAUUGAGGUUUCCACGGAACAGUGCGAGUGAAGCUGGAUUCUCCUGGACUUUCAAUCCUAAAAAGUCUUAAUGUACUUCCCUUCUUAACUCCCAUGUAGGCUCUCGAAAGAGUCUUAGUCGUAGCCUCGAUUUUUAUAAUCCAGGACACCCUGUUAGCCGAAACAAGGAGCUUCAGAAGGGAACACGCAACAGUGAACAGACAGCCAAAGGUCAGUAAAACCACAGAAUUCCCCCUCCUCCAGCUGAGGCCUGGGAAGGGGAGGGGAGAGUUGACUCUGGGCCGAGGUCACCGAUGGGGCUUGUGUCCUCUCCCCAUUGCUUAGCAUGGAGACGUCCGUGGGAUUCAGAGGGCCAGCAUCAGACAGGCAGGUUGAGGCCGGGAUCGGGGGCUUGCGGCGUCACUGCCAGAGCCAAUUGCCUGCCUUCCCUGGAGCCCUGACCUGUAGCCACCGGCCCGGGCCUCAGACACACUCACGGGGAAAGCACUGCUGGGCCCUUUGUGACACUUUCUCAUAGAAGUACGUGGAUGGGGAUUCUGAAGGUGUUGGCUGUAUUCAAAUGUAGAACUUCAUCCACUUUACCUGGUGAUCUGUUGAACGAGAUAAGUAGAUCUGGAAUGUGGACGUGAAACCAACAUUUCUUAGAAUACUGUUUUUGUUUCAUUUUCCAGAACCAAAGGCUGUAGACAUUCGUUGAACUUUCUGGAUUCUUUCUGAAUUGUUUUUUUAAUGUAAAUAAAUAUAAGUACAUAAUGGAAAAGGAGUUCUGUAAUGAGGUACAUCAACCUACUUCUUGCUCUUUUUCUAUCACUAAGGGAAUGUGUUACAGAAGGACAGAUGGCAAAUAAAAAGCAUCCCGAAUGUGACAUGUGGAUUUCUUGUGUUUUUCAGCGCAUCCCCUGGGAAUGCAGAUGUGCAUGUGGCUUUUACGGAAAAGCAAGUGUGCUAGGAGCAAAUCUGUAUUCAGUGUUUGCUGUUCCUUAGAACCAGUCAAUCUUAAAGUUCUCUAUUUGACAUUUCCUGACGACUUGAUAAAGGAGAAGACAUGUCAAUACAUAUUUUUUUGGCCCUAAUAAGUCACAGAAACUGAAAAAUUUCCAGCAGUUUGUUUCACUUAGGUGAGAAUUGGUUCCUUUAAAUUAUCAACACAUGCGAAAUCUGUUCAGUAUUCAUUGUAUUUAUUAUUCAGAUGCUGAGCUGGAACAGGUGAGAAACCCAAGGAGGAGAACUAUUGAAUUUCAAGUAAUUAUAUUAUGUCUUCAUUUUCAUUUCGCGUGGGCAGUGUUUUAUCAGACUCAGCUUCUAACCUUUGAAAUAUGGUUGACCUGAGCGGGGAGCCUGUCUAUCUAAGUUGGGAAGCAUGAACCAGACUCCAUUUUCACCGGCGCAGUCCUAACUAUUUAUUUGCCAUCCUAGUUGUGCUGGGAAAAAGAUAUAUUCGCUUUUGGUGUUGGAAUGAUGACAUAGCAAUGCGGUUUGUUUUUGUUUUGUUUUUUUGGCGGUACGCGGGCCUCUCACUUCUGUGGCCUCUCCCGUUGCGGAGCACAGGCUCCGGACGCGCAGGCUCAGCGGCCAUGGCUCACGGGCCCAGCGGCUCCGUGGCAUGUGGGAUCCUCCCGGACCGGGGCACAAACCCGUGUCCUCCGCAUCGGCAGGCGGACUCUCAACCACUGCGCCACCAGGGAAGCCCAAUGCGGGUUUUUUUUUUAAUUUAUUGUAACACUCUGUGUAAACGUUGGCACCUUUCUAAACAUUACAUGUUCGAACUCUGUUUUUUUUAAAGGAACUAUUUAUUUUAUUGGAGCAUAAUUGAUUUAUAAUGUGUUAGUUUCAGGUGUACAGCAAAGUGAUUCAGUAAUACAUAUAUUCACUUUUUCAGAUUCUUUACCCAUAUAGGUUAUUACAGAAUACUGAGUAGAAGAGUUCCCUGUGCUAUACAGUAGGUGCUUGUUGGUUAUCUGUUUUAUAUAUAGUAGUGUGUGUAUGUUAAUCCCAAACUCCUAAUUUAUCCCUCCCCCCACCGUUCCCCUUUGGUAACUGUAAGUUUGUUUUCGAAAUCUGUGAGUCUGUUUCUGUUUUGUAGAUAUGUUCGUUUGUAUCAUUUUUUAAAAUUAGAUUCCACGUAUGCAUGAUAUCA